AUGUUCUUCUUUGGCCUCGGGAAACUAUUUCAAGGUAUGCCCUCUUGUCAGGGACGCAUCUAUACCAAUGCAACACACCCCCUCAAGGAAUCUGCAGGAAACCAGGAGACUUACAAGCUAUCUGCCUUAUCCAUAGUGGUAAUACUUAUAAUAAACGCCAUCGCCAUUCUAUCCGAGGAUCGCUUCCUAGCACGAAUCGGCUGGAGCCGAACACAGUACGAUGCAGGGUUCGGAGCAACACACGAUAACACCAGCAUAAAAGCGAAAUCCGCCGAUUUAAUCGCUAGUGUUCGGACAGUCAUGAGGAUCCCGUUAAUCGCUAUAAAUAUGCUGGUUAUAUUCUAUGAAUUGGUUCUGGGGUGA